AAGCCCAUUCUCACCAUACCUAGUGUGUAAAUUACUUCAUCCCACUCCAUAGAAUGAAGCUCUUAGCACUAUCCGUCCUCGUGCUCUUAUUUUGUUUUUGCUUUAGUUUCUCCUCUCCUCUGCCUCUUCGGCGUUACGGGUCGAUAUUUAGCUUUGGUGAUUCUUACACAGACACAGGUAAUUUGGCCAUUUUAUCACCGGAGAGUCCUGCAGGUCAUGUACCGUAUGGUAAGACUUUUUUCGGCCACCCUAAUGGUCGUUGCUCUGAUGGACGAUUGGUCAUAGAUUUCGUUGCCGAGGCUCUCGGGCUCCCAUUGAUUCCACCAUACUUUGGCCACGAUAAAAGCUUCCGGAAAGGCGCAAACUUUGCUGUCGGAGGUGCGACGACGCUCGACCUUUCGUUCUUCCAAAGUAGAGGUAUUUUGAGCAGCAAUGCGGCUCCGCUCAACAUCUCGCUGGAUACCCAGCUUGGUUGGUUCCAGCAGCUGAAGCCUACCCUUUGCAACUCAACCAAAGAUUGUAGGAACUACUUCGGCAAAUCCCUCUUUGUAAUAGGAGAAUUUGGAAUCAACGACUAUCAAUUAGGAUUGUUCGCAACACGUAAUUUAGAUGAAGUGAGGUCCUAUGCGCCCCAAGUUAUCAAAGCUAUUUCUACGGCAUCGGAGAGACUCAUCGACGAAGGGGCCAAGCAUAUCGUAGUGGCGUCAAAUCCACCGACCGGGUGCAAUCUGGUGAUACUAGCGGCAUUCCAGAGCCCUAACGGAGAUGACUACGAUCGACGGACCGGGUGCCUGAAGAAGUUCGACGACUUGGCGAGGUACCACAAUGAAUUGCUCCGUCAGGCGGUAGCAGAGCUCGGUCGAAAGUAUCCGUCUACGAAGAUCAUCUACGCCGAUUACUACAGUCCAGUGAAGCGGCUCGCGCACUCGCCUAAACACUUCGGAUUUAGUAAUGGAGCUCUCAGGGCUUGUUGUGGGGGAGGUGGACCUUACAAUGUUAGUGAACCAUGCGGCUCACCGGACUCGAGUUCAUGUAACGAUCCCUCGACUUAUGUUAACUGGGAUGGAGUCCACUUAACCGAAGCCGCUUACAGUCACAUUGCAACCGGUUGGCUCAACGGUUCCGACGCUGAGCCGUCUAUAUUAAACAUGCAUUAAAUCCUAAUAAUUUUAUCUCUUUUUUUUCAUGUGUUUCUGUAGCGAAUAACAUAAAUUUUUGCCAAAUUAAGAGGACUAAAUUAGGGGCUCAAAAUGAAAAUGUUUGAUUUGGAGUGAUUCCCUCUU